AUGGCCGGCGCUGGGGAGCCGCUGUCCCCCGAUGAAUUGCUCCCGAAAGGCGACGCGGAGAAAACUGAGGAAGAGUUGGAAGAGGACGAUGACGACGAGCUAGAUGAGACCCUGUCUGAGAGACUCUGGGGUCUGACGGAGAUGUUCCCGGAGAGGGUCCGGUCCGCGGCCGGAGCCACUUUUGAUCUCUCCCUCUUCGUGGCUCAAAAAAUGUACAGGUUUUCCAGGGCAGCCUUGUGGAUUGGGACCACUUCUUUUAUGAUACUGGUUCUUCCUGUUGUCUUUGAGACUGAGAAGUUACAAAUGGAGCAACAGCAGCAACUGCAACAGCGGCAGAUACUUCUAGGGCCUAACACAGGGCUGUCAGGAGGAAUGCCAGGGGCUCUGCCUUCACUUCCUGGAAAGAUCUAGAUUGUUACUGCUAUAUUUGAGCUGUCUCAAUGGGAGAAAUUUGAAAUUCAA